AUGGAGCCUCACCAUGAACAGCAAGUCGAUGUUUUCAUCGUUGGCGCAGGUUUUGGCGGCAUUGGUCAGGCCUAUGCACUGCGCAACCUUGGGCUCUCCAUCAAAGUCAUCGACUCUCUCCCGGAUCUCGGGGGCACAUGGCUUACGAAUACCUAUCCCGGGGCCUUGAGUGAUACAGAGAGUUUCGUAUAUCGCUUUUCAUGGGACAAGGAAGAUUUGCAGACCUAUCCUUGGAACCGCCGAUAUCUUAGACAGCCUGAGAUUCUUGCAUACCUGAGACAUUUCGCGGAGAAGCACGAUCUCCGCAAGAACAUGGAGUUCAACACCGAAAUGCAGUCCGCUAUCUGGGAUGGGGAGUCUCAUGUCUGGGAGAUCAAGAUCAGUACCGGACAGACUUUCAGAGCACGCUACCUCAUUACUGCAAUGGGGAUUUUGUCGAAGGCAAAUCUUCCCAGCAUUCCGGGAAUCUCGACAUUCGAAGGAAUAGUCGCACAUACAUCCCAUUGGCCAAGUGACUUGGACGUGACGAACAAGCGCGUCGGCGUCGUGGGAUGCGGUGCGAGCGGCGUUCAAGUCAUCAGCAACAUUGCACCGUCUGUUACAUCCUUGACAGCGUUUAUUCGACAUCCGCAAUACACACUGCCCAGCAACGACAGGUUCAUCACACCAGAGUAUAGGGCCUGGGCGAAUGAGAAUUACGACAGGAUUUGGGAGCAGCUCAAAAGCUCACUGAUUGGGUUUGGAUAUGUCGAGUCAAACCGUCCGUUCUUUUCGGUGGAUCAUUCGCGACGUCAACAGCUUCUGGAGGACCUGUGGAACAAUGGCAAUGGGAUGCGUUUCAUGGUUGAACAUUUCUGCGACAUCACCACCAAUGAGAAAGCCAACGAAGUGGUGUGCGAUUUCCUUCGAAAGAAGAUUUAUCAGAUUGUGAAGGACCCGAAAAAGGCGCGCAAGCUCAUCCCCAACGAGCUCUUUGCUCGAAGACCGAUCUCCAAUGAUGGCUAUUACGAAACGUAUAACCGGGAAAAUGUGUCAAUCGUGGACUUAAAGGAGACCCCAAUCGCAGAGAUUACCUCUAACGGCCUGCGGACCGAGGACGGAACUGUGCACGAACUUGACGUACUCGUCCUCGCCACUGGUUUUGACGCCGUUGAAGGAAACCUCGUUCGGGUGAACAUCGUUGGACGUGGUGGUAAGGAGCUUAAGGAUGCCUGGGUGAAUGGACCUAAGUCCUACCUUGGUAGCUUCGCCGCUGGGUUCCCUAACAUGUUCAUGGUGAAUGGUCCGAAGGGUGCAUUCGGAAAUGUUGUGCCGGCCGUGGAAGCCAGUGUUGAGUUCAUUACUAAUGCUAUCCAGCGAGCGGAGACAGCCAGGGGAAAGUAUGGCUCCCAAGGGAUCGUCGAAGCCACCCGUGAAGCAGAGGAUGAAUGGGGUCAGGCUUGCGAAGACGCCGCGAAAGAGAAUCUCUUCAACAAGUUGAAAAACUCUUGGUUCACUGGAGGUAACAUCCCCGGAAAAGUGGUUGGUGUGAGAGCAUAUUUUGGAGGGCUGGGUAGUUACCGAGCCAUCGGGAUCAGUGCCACGAAGGAUACCUGGAAGGGGUUUAAACCACUCUCCUAG